GCACUAUACAUCAAGUGAGACAUUGCGCUAGAAAGUAAUAGGGAUAUCCACCAACCAACUAACCGGGCUCCUAACUGGAUUGAUAUAUGCUCUCAGUUGCGACAAAGACUUUAUUCCAACAUACGUGUGUAACUCCUGAUAGGAGAGAACAUCUCCAUCUAUCGAGCUACCCUAUGUUCGUGAUAUCCGCUAGAUGGGAAGACAGUUGCCCCGAAUUCUUCAAACAGCAAUCUACCUCGGGCUACCACAGUCAUACGUCCGCGAAGCUCUAUCGCUUCGUUCGAAAGAAUUCGGGAAUUUCUUUUUUAGCGGGGCUUGGUUGAGCAUCCCACUCUAUACAGGAAUGGCACAGCGAGGGCUGAAUCUGCAAAGAUCCUCGGGACGCUGACCAGCGAGAUGUACCUCACUAUCAGUGAUGAAACGCUGCAUGAAAUUGUGACGGGAUUUGCUGGAUCAGGCUCGUCGGGCUCAGAAAUUGUAGGUACUUCUAUAGGUGAUUAGUAUUGCUUGUGCUUUCGCUUUCGAUGAACCAAAACAAGCAUUGGUCUGUGUACAGAAAGCAUGUUAAGGCCCAUGUGCCCGCGGCGCUAUCAUACGGGGCCUAUUCAGCACAAGACCACCAAUCAGUGAGCGAUAUACAGACGUCAAUCUCGUAGGGAGCUCGACCCGGCAAUAUCACUUAAUUAUUUUAUAGGCAGUCCUGUAAGGAUUUUAACUCACCUCUGCAAAUAUCUCUCAGCAGUAUUGAAUGUAUGCUUAAAUCAUGCGGUCUGCUACUCACCAUUUCGAUCGGA